AGUACAUAAACAACCUGAAACGGAUAACACAGUAAUGCGAGUGCCAGUGAGAAUGGAUGGAAAUAUACUGAUAUCUUUUCUGCUGUUAAUAUUUAUUCCUGUCAGCUACGAGAGUUGUUAUGAAUACUUUCAAAUGUCAACAAAGAAGUGCAGUGGCUGGUGGUUUUGGAGGGGUUGUGGAUACGUAUAUUCUAGUCAUCGGAGAUGUUGUACUGGAUACAGUGGAUCAUCGUGUUCAGAACCAAAAUGCCGAAGAGGAUAUGGCGCCGACACAUGCAAUAUAUAUAAUGAAGGAAACGUGAAAUAUAAAAAUGGUAUAGUAGUGAGAAACAGUGGUGGGGUUUGUUCCAAGCCUUCAGAAUGCAAGAACUGUAACAAAGGAUAUUAUCCUGUUAUUUCAUUGGGCGGAUACUGCAAAGCAUGUAAAAGCCCUUUGAACUGCAAUUUGCCUGUAUGCACGUCAAAUAGUAACUCAAGGUGUGAAUACUGUGUUGGCGAAUACAAGAGAGAAGAUCCAGGCUAUAACAUUUAUACAGGAAAACCUGACGAUAGAAUAUGCCAAAGGGCAUGUUCCUGGCAAGAAGGAGCAAGAUGUUUCCCAGGCACGUGCCACAAUGACAUGAUCUAUGAAACUGACUGUGAGUGCGCUACUGGAUUUGCUGAUAAAAAUAAUGACUGUUCUAAAGCAACUGCAGACAAAAUGCCGACAAUAACACGUAUGAUUUUUAAACUUCGAGAUUCUGGGGAUAAAUUCUUUUUAAUCGACAUGGCGCUAAACAAAACAACAUUCUGGACAAGAGAUACGGUUUGGUCAAAGAUUAGCCUCGAUGUGUCUUCAUACUACAAAGCUGGUAUUGACAGCUCAAGGACGCCAAAUUAUAUAAAGAGUUAUUUUAUCGGAAUGGAAACACUGUCAGUGGUUAUGACAUUAUCUAGAGGUGCAGUCAAUGGUAUAUGGAAUGAAGACGGAGAUUGUAAAAACUUUGAUGAAAUCUGUGAUAAAUUACUCCACAAUAAAUCGAUAAGUCAUAUAAAUCCAUGGAAGAAGAUUUACAAUGGACAGUUUAAACAUGCAGAUAAAAUAAAGUUUAAAGUAUCAGCUAGAAAUGGAGGUAGAGUUUUGUAUGAGGACAGGAGUACCUUCACACCACCAUAUCCUCAAAAGAAUUACUUCCUCAGCGGAAUAGCGAAAUCCAAAGUUCUUGAAAUUGGAUUUGAUGAGUAUCCACCGACGCAUUGCUUUGAACAAAGCAACGAAUGCACGAAAGAUGCACUGAUAGCAACUGAUUUUCUUACAGAGCCGAAAGUCAAAGUGCAAUGGGGGGGAUGGACUGAUGGAGAUUCCGGUAUAGAUAAAUACGAAUUCAAUAUUCAUUAUUUACAUGCAACAACACCAGGUGGUCCUCUUACCAGCAAAAGCCUGUUACCAGCUGUAAUCGUUGAACAAUCUCAAAAUAGUUCUUCAGUUACACUGGCUUUACGGGAACCAGGGCCGUACUCAGUCGAGAUUAUUGUAUUCGACCGUGCAGGAAACGAAAAAGUUGCAAGACGAAUCAUAUUUUUUGACAAUGAAUCUGUUGUUGAACUUUAUGGAAAUAAGGCUAGUAUUCGUCAGGCUCAGAAAAAUGGAUGGAUCAAUAGAUACAGCGAUAUUAUCGAACUUGUUUGGCUGGAAAGAUUCAAAAAUGUCAGACAUACAGUCGGAGGUUGGCUUAAUAAUGUUCAAGAAGUUAAAGAAGUCAGUAGAGAUCUUGACGAUCGCAAAGGAAGAUCCAGUAGAACAAUUGAUAAAACUUUUAAUAUUGAAGGAAUUGUACGAUUUGAUAUUGCACGUAUGGUUGAGUUGAAUGGUGAUAUAAGAUAUACUGACUUUGAACGCGUCACUGAGGAAUACUUCAGUCUUCAAACAAUGAUCUACAAUAAUGAAGAAUUUAUAGACGGAAAGAAACUGACCUAUUUCAUCCGGGGCUUUGAUGCAGUAGGGGCAUACGCCGAGGACAAUGUAACCGUAAUGAUAGAUCUUUCACCGCCAAUUAUACAGAACUUGUUGCUGACGAAAGGGGAUUUGGUCAAUAUUAGUGUUCACAGCGUUCUGGAACUGACGGAACUGACGAUUGAAUGGGAAGCAUUUGAUUAUCACAGUGGUAUACAUGAGGUGUCAUGGAAGAUAUUUGAUAAUUUCACAAAGAAUAUUGUAGUUCAUGGACAAUCUCACGAACCCCCACAAGGUGAAACAAAGACGUUAGACGACUGCAAAAAGACGUAUGCAUUACAUGCUCGAGGACCUAAUUGCUACUGCUCGCCCUACAAUGGAUGCUUUCACAGACAUUAUCAAAUCAAACCAAAAGUAUCUAAUGACAAUAACCGUGGCAUACAUUUUGGUCGGGAAGUCGGAGAACAUGAAUAUGACUACGUCAUAGAAGUAUCUGUGAAAAAUAGUGCCGAGCUGACGACUGUCUUACAGAAAAAGAUCACGAUUGACACAUCACCUCCUCAUGAAGGCAUUGUCCGUGAUGGAAUUCCCGGGGCCCUGGAAGUUGACUUUCAGCAAUCUCUGCAACUGACUGGAUACUGGGAUGGUUUCUUUGAUGAUGAAAGCGGUGUAUGGUUUUACACUUAUGGUUUUAACGACCGUUGCUUAAACGAAAAUGAUCUAGACGUACAUUUAAAGGUAAACUGGACAUAUGAGAACAGGGCUGAAUUUUCAGCUCCUCAAUCUGGAAAAUAUUACCUGACGAUAAUGGCAUAUAACCACGCUCUUGAUCACAGUAAUGCUGUUUGUUCUGACGGUGUUACCAUAGACAUAAUACCAGCAGUAGUGUCAGAAGUUGUGAUUAAAGAUGCAGUUACUGCAAACGGUCUUGUCAAAAGUGGUGUAAAUGAUACAGUUUACAUUCUACAUAGAAACAGAGUAUUUGAGGAAGUUGAACUUCCAUCUAAUAUUUGCAGAAUGCGAUCAACGACAGUCUCGGAAUCCGUAUUGGAACUUUACCCUCAUAAAAGGCGUUCUGAUGGCACACUGAACUAUGCGAAGUUACAGAAUGACUGUAAUGGUCUGCAUGGCAUCCAUUCAGACUUAAUUUCUUAUAUCAUUUCUGAGUUUAAGGUUGAUAUAUCAUGGAAUGUAACAUACGGUGCUGGUAGCGUGCAUGAUUAUGAAGUUGGAAUUGCGUCUACUAAUUCUGAACUCCCUGAUGUUAUGGAUUUUACGUCAUCGCAUGGUCACCAACAUAUACGAUUGUUUCACCCAGAUAUUUUUGACGGGGAACAUUUUUAUUUACUGAUUAAAGCUAUUACAAAAGCAUCGAUUACUGAUAUAAAGGUUGUAGGCCCAAUAGUAUAUGAUUCAACAAAACCAGACUUUACGGGGGAGAUACGCCUGUCAAUUGAGCAUACUCUGAAUGAUACAUUUCUUAUCGCACAAUGGGAUGAAAAUGCAUUUACAGAUCACGGAGAUCCUGACGCUUUGUCCUAUCAAGUUGCUAUUGGUACUACAAGAAAUGGCAAGGAUAUUCUACCAUUUAACAGUUUAUCUACCGGCGGAAGUUGUACUUCACUUAAACGUCCUUCGUGCACAGCAAUUUCCACCCAUUCAUUGACAUGGCAUAUGCAUGGUGAACAGCAUUAUUUUGUAACAGUAAUGGUUAGAGACACCGCAGGCCAUUUUGUGACAGCUUCCUCUGGAGAAUAUAGGCACUAUGUUGAGCUGGCAUCACAAGGUGUUGUUCAGGAUAUAGAUGACACAAUAGAAAAGUUUGUGGAUAUUGAUGAUAUCGACUACCAAACAAGUACAUCAAAGUUAACAGCAAGAUGGUCAGGCUUCGAACAUCCUCAUGAAGAUAUCAACUUCACUGUUUGCAUUUCCAACGCUUCCAGUAGUGAUUAUAUGACGUGUGCAAGAAGUGAUGUCAAGAAUAAAUAUACCUUUUAUGAUCUCAGUCUGAAUCCAUACGAGACAUAUUACCACACUGUUAUAGCAGAAACUGAGACGGGAAACGUCACUGUUGUUUCUGAUGGUGUCACUGUAGUUAUUGACGGCGAUGAAAUUAACGGAAUACAAGUUUUUGAUGGCCCACCGUGUAAUGUUUCAUUGAACAGAGACCUCAAUAUCGACAAGUCAUAUCACGACGAGGAGAAACGUUUAGUGUGUAAAUCAGACGUGGAUUUCCAAGCGUCUACAAAUGUUCUUCAAGCUCAUUGGACAGUUCCAGCCGACAACGGACUUUACCUCAAUGAUAUAUAUUGGGCGAUAGAGGAACGAGCUCCAGUUGCUGACAUCUGGAAGAUAACUACUGUGUAUCAACAAUUGAGAACAACUACAUCUUACCUGGAGAAAAGUGGAUUAUUUUUAUCUGCUGGAAGAACGUACAGAGUCUCCUUGAGGUUUUGUGCCGGGCAAUAUUGCUUUAAACCCGUACACAGUGAUGGUGUCACUGUUGUUCCGAAUCCUCCUACAACAGGGAAUAUGUCAGUUACCUAUACAACGAACGAUGAGAUUGAAGUUUCUCUGGAACCAUUCCUUGAUUCAGACAUUGAAGACUUGUCUCAGUCACGUGAAGUUAUGGAUCACUAUAAAUGGGCAUUUGCCGAUGAAUCUACUUUAGGUCGCCUGCUUACAAAAUGGCAGCGAAUUAUACCUCCUCAUGCCCUAACGCAUACACUGUUACAGUUUACGAUAGACCUUCCUGAAAAUAUUUCGUUUCACAAAUGUUGGAUAUUAGCAAUGCGAGGAUAUACCAAAGCAGGCUUGUCGUCCACAGUAUCUUCUGAAAUAAGAGAUUGUCAAAAUCUUCAACAAGUCAGACCAAAUGUAGUCAUUGAUGCAGUGGGGGAGCUUCUGUCAACAGAGAACAACCAUGUAGGAAAAGACAUUUUUCUGGAGGAGAAUGAUAUUUGGAAAGAAUCAGAUAAAGAUUAUACUCCCUAUUACAACAUUUUGUCAGCAGUGUGGCCAACUUUAAGGUAUGCACAAUAUGCUUGGGCUGUUUUACUGGUAAAAGAAAACGAUCCAACGGUGUUUUAUGACCGUUCAAAUAAGCUGGACUUGAGAAACCCAUGUGACCAUCCUGAUGCUAUCAAAUGUGGCGACACAGCACACGAAUACGUAAACGUGCAAUUUGGUGAGGAUGAGCUUACACAUGGUAGACGGUACAUUAUUUGCAUUCACGCAAAUGCAUCAAAGCUUCAACAUGAAUUCUGGGAACAGGAUUUAGGUGAAAUUGACGAGUGCAGUAGUGGCGUGACAGUUGAUCUUACACCACCAGUGACAGCCGACGUGUGGAUAGGAAAUGAAAAGAAACAUUUGUUUCAGACAUCUACAUCUGAGCUUUCUGUGCACUGGAACUCAUUUAUUGAUGUAGAGGAGGAGGGAUAUGCUACACAUGUAAGCGGGAUUACACACUACAAAGUAGCUUUAGGAACGACAGCUGGUGGUGUAGAUGUGACAUCUUUCAUAGACGUUGGACUCACAAACCACAAGACUUUCCACAAUCUGAAGUUACAAAAUGGACAUACAUACUUUGCAACUGUAAUUGGAUACGAUUUUACUGGCCAACACUCAAGAUCUACAUCUGAGGGUAUCAAAGUAGACACAACACCUCCAGCAAUAUCACAAGCCUCUAUUACACUACAAUCUAGAUACAUUUCUGACACACAAUUUGUCGACGCGUGCUGGAGGGAUGUCUUUCUGGACUUAGAAAGCGGAAUGUCGCAUUACAGUUGGGCUGUAGGUACACAUGCAGGCUACGAUGAUAUAUUUUUGUUCCAUGAUACCAACGAAGAAUGUGCUAAUACACAACAGAAUAUGCCACUAUCUUUAAGAGAAGGACAUGCUUACUUCGUGACUGUAAAGGCACAUAACAAAGCCGGAUUAUACACAGCAGCAUCUUCGUGGGCUUUUGUUGUGGAUGUUACACCGCCUGUACCUGGCAAAAUCUUUGAUGGUCCACGGGGAAUAGAUGGUUCCUGUGUUGAUGUAGACUACGUCGAAAGUCGUUCUUCAUUACAAGCACAUUGGAAAGGCUUCCAUGACUCGCAUAGUACGAUUGUAGAAUAUUUCGUGAAUAUCGGAUCAUGUAAGAACUGCGAUGAUGUCCUAAUAAAGCAACCAGUGGGCAUACAAACAGACAUUGAACUCACAUAUCUCCAGCUAUCAGAAGGACUUCAUUAUUACGUGACCGUUGCCGCAUGUAACACUGCUAAUCUAUGUUCAUCUGUUGCAUCUGAUGGAUUUGUUGUCGAUUCAACGCCACCUGUGAAAGGAAAAGUUACUGACGGACCUCGAGACACGGAUGAACAAUAUCAAGGUUCGAGGAACUAUAUUGGUUGUAAAUGGCAUGGUUUUACAGAUCCCCAGUCUGGGAUAUCUCACUACGUAUGGAGAGUAGGAACAACUAAAGGUGGUGAUAAUAUACUGCCAGCUACAGAAGUUCAUAAACAUGGAAAAGCAUUUAUUUUCGACCUCCAUUCUGAAUACGGAACUUACCUGCCAAAGGGCGUUCGUAUUUACUGCACAGUGCGCGCUUAUAACAGAGCAGGAAAAUUUGUUGAAGCGUCAUCGAACGGGUUCAUUGUUGAUGAUACACCACCAAUAUUCGCCACCCAUUUAUCAAUGUCUCCUAUUGGGACGAUUAAAACUGGAACAACUGUGUUAAGAAAAGCCCUAAAAGUUCACUGGGAUGUAAAAGAUGACGAGUCGUUUAUUAAAAGUCAACACCUCUCUAUUUCGUCUCAUAUUGGAGGAGACUUCAAUUUGUCAUCCAUUGAGGUUGAGGGAAUAGUAAGAGAUUACACAUUUACCGAGUUAGACCUACAUGAUGGAAGUUAUUAUUGCAUGAAGCUUAUUUCUUGUAAUGGUGCAAAUCAAUGUAAGGUGUCUGUACUCGAAGAUGUAUUGGUUGACAGUUCUAGGCCAACACCAGGAAUGUUUGCCAUUAACACAGACCAUGCAGCGGUUUUAAAUCGCCAACCUGAAGGUUGGAUGACAUGGACCCCGAUAUUUAUUGAUCUUGCUUGGCUUGGGUUUGAAGAUGUACAUUCUGAUAUUCAUACGUAUACUGUUAAUAUUGGCAGUCAGUAUAUGGGGAAUGAUCUAAAUGAGGAGCCAUACACACCGAUGACUGUAACACACAAUAUCAAUGCUUCAUUUCACGAAGAGGGUAAAGUACAAACAUUUAGAUUUCGUACACAACGAUUGCAUGUAAAUAUGCCAGUGUUCAUCAGUCUAACAGCAGAAAAUCACGUUGGGCUUUCAAGUGCAGUAGUUCACUCACAGUUUAACCUCCUGUAUGGCGGAAUAAUGGAGUUGGUACGGAGAUGCGACAGCUAUUCCUGUUUGGGUCACUGUGUAUGCGCUCCUCAUGGACAAAUGUGUCACAGCAAUAAUACAUGUAUUGAUAUCAGCGAUCAAGGUGAUAAUAACACGAUAAUUGAGGUUCUAGAUUAUCUUGAUCUACAAUUUCCCAAGAACUACGAUCACCCUUCUCAUACGCCAUUUAAUACUAUGCUUGGUGCAAGAUGGAACAUCAAACUUCUUAGAGAAAAUCGUCCAAUGUGGUAUGAGUGGAGUGUAGGUGAAAGUAUCUAUGACAGUCCACUUGGUGUUUUUGAUACAGUAACAGAUAAAGUGUGGCAUGAUGCUGGCCAAGACAAUUCAUGUGUGUUUGUUGUAGAGAGAGGGAGAAAGGUACUGGAAGAGCACAAAAACUACUCUGUUUUUGUUCGUGUAUGGUAUAACAGUUACACAUAUGCAAUAUUUAAAAGCGCUGGAGUUACGAUCUUCCAUACACCACCAGUGUCAAUCGUCAUCAAAGGCAAGAGUGUUAAAGAAGCAAUUAAAGGAAACACGAGGGAUAUUGAUUUCAUCACAAGAAACACGCAAGUAGAAGCUGACUGGUCCGGCAAGUUUGGAGGCGAGAUAUCUAGAUACCAUUUGUACAUAAGCACUCAUCCUGGGGGUCACGAUUUACACACAAUGUCUAAAGACCUUCUUCCAAUAGUGACUAAUUUUAGUAUAACUGGGCUUCAGUAUGAAGAAAAUACCAAAUAUUACACUGUUGUUCAAGCCUUCAACUUGGCCGGACUUCAUACUACCGAAGUAUCGGAUGGGUUUAUGCUGGAUUUAGAUCCACCAACUCCUGGAAUUGUGAUGGACGGACUUGUGUUGCAGGAUAAGCACGCAACAGCUAAUACAAGUCGUGUUCAAUCCUUUUGGCAUGGAUUUUCAGACAUCGGAUCUGGUAUACAGACUUACGAAUACUGUGUUUCUUCUGGUGUUAAAGAAGGGACAUGUGACAUAAAACCUCUGUCACCAGUUGGUAUAGCUACACGUAUCGAAUUCUAUCCAAAUGCCCUACUUGAACAAGGUAUAGUUAUUAGGGGAGAAGUUAGAGCUCGUGAUGUUAUUGGCCACGUGUCGCCGCUAGUUUCUUCUAAUGGUGUCAUGAUUGAUACAACAGCACCAGUUCGGGCACGAAGUGCUGAGUGUCGUCCCAAUAUUUUAUUGGAUUCUUCUUUUGAAAAUAUCAGUCAACUUGAACACAAUAGUACAAUAUGUGGAAACAUAUCGGACUCGCAAUGGGAUUUAUCAAGCGGCACCUGUGUUUCCUCUGUAAAGUCAAAUACGGCGCAGCAUGAUGGAACACUGUUACAUAUUCAGGGAUCGAUAUCGCAAACUGUAAAUACCGAAAUGCGCGGUAAAUACAGACUGACGUUCUAUACGUCAACUAUACCGUCAAAUAAUUUGCAUUUAUCUGCUGUUGAAGGAUAUGCACAAGUAAAUGGACAAAAAUAUGUUUUCAUGCUAUACAGUAAACCUAAUACAAAUACUUACGCUUGGCAAAAUCAUGUUUUCUUUUUUCAUCUGACUACUAAUACAACCGAGGUAAAAUUAGGGACCGUAACGAGUCAUACAGCUUUUGCUAUUGAUGACAUUCGUUUCCAGCUCUGUGAAGUUACAACUUAUGAUGAGACGGCAGGACAUAUAAACUUUCACACAGUAUUUGUUCAUGAUUGGUCGUCCGUGCAUGCAGAUUGGUCUUUUAUUGACCCCGAGACAAACAUACUGGAGUAUAUGUGGGCUAUAGGAACUAUUCAAGGAGGAACUCAGUUACAACCUUUCGUCAGUGUUGGAAGACAAACGUUUGCCAGCAAUAAUACACUAAGACUCGACCACGACACAGUAAUGUUUAUUACCGUCGUUGCUGUCAAUGCUGCAGGCCUGCGUACAGUUAGCUAUUCGGACCCGAUCUUGAUCGACCUUACACGUCCUGAUUGCAAAUAUGUUAACGAUGGUCCACUACGUGGUCAAGAUCUCGAUUUUAUGACAGGACAUAAGCUUGAUUUUCACUGGAACAUAUCUGAUCCUGAGUCUGGACUAAAGGAAUGCUAUUGGGUUUAGGUAAACCAUUUGUAUUCAAUUAGUGUACAAUGCAUUUGUAGAAAGUUC